AUGAAUCGACAUGUCUUGAAUAUUCAAAGCGCAUUGAAAUCUCUGUGGUACCAUUCAUAUACCCUCUGGCUGUUCGUCUUCAGCGAUUUCAAAACCAUUGUGGCACCAAGUACCAUUUUCGGCAUCACAAACGCCUGGGCCGCGUCGAAAUACGACCCGCGAGUUGGAGGAGUUUUGCUCCCUCCGCAGUCCAUCAGCGAUUCUCCAAAGUCUAUUGAAAGAGCUCUGGCAGCAUCUCUAUGGGUUUUGAUCAACUUACUCCCAUUCGCCAUUAACAACCAACGGGGUGAAAGAGGCCUUGCGGAGGACAAGUUAAACAAAUCGUGGCGUCCGUUUCCUCGCGGUCGGAUUUCUCACGAGUGGGGUACACGAAUCAUGAUCAUGCUAUAUCUAUUUGCCCCGAUAUAUAGCCUUGUCUUUGCUGGCGGAGUGCGACAUUCUGUGGCUUUGAUAUUGUUAGGAGUGUGGUACAAUAACUGGGGUGGCGCGGACAAGAACCCGGUCAUUCGGAACAUUAUAAACGGACUGGGAUAUACCUGUUUCGCAUCGGGGGCUAUGGAAGUGGCCCUGGGCGGCUCUUUGUUCCCUCUUCAUGGAUGGUCAGGGCGCUGGCUUCUUGUCAUCAUCGGAAUUAUUUUCUCCACCGUCCAAUUGCAGGAUAUGUCUGAUCAACUCGGUGAUGCUAAGCGGGGUCGGCGCACAGUGCCGCUGGUAUGUGGUGAUACUGUGGCACGCUGGACUAUUGCUUUACCUAUGCUCUGUUGGGGACUAUGGUGUCCGAGAUUUUGGGGUGUUUCAUCUCUUUGGUUUGCCAUCAGCAUGUUAUUGGCUUCGGUGGUGGCCGUUAGGACUCUGAUGCUUCGUUCUGUCCAAGGAGAUAAACAGACGUUUCGACUCUGGAAUUGUUGGAUUGCGGUUAUAUAUGUGCUGCCUCUGUUCUCUCAAGGGGGGUCUCUCGGCAGCGAACUUUCAAGCCAUGCUGUGUUAGAAGGGCGCCAAUUGUGA